AUGUCAAACUCUCCGAAAAGUGUUACUAAUAUAGAAGUCAUAAACAACGUAGAGUUUCCGUCAGACCACCGAAUAGUAAGAGCAACAUUAUCCCUAAAAAAUGUAAAAAAGAACAGAAAACACUUUAAAAACUCAACAAAGUCACUGGAAACAGAAGAUGAAAUAAAAACAUUCCUUUCUAAUCUCGGAAAAAAUAUUGAUGCCAUACCGAGCAGCUAUAAAGAAAAUGUUCAGAGCUUUUACGACGCUAUCGAGAACUGCAUUAAAAAUAGCUUAAAAAUCGAAAACACGCAACAAGACGAAGAACACACCUACUACUUCUUCAGCGAAACUACAAAACUUCUGAUUAAAAGACGUAGCGAACUUUUGAAAACGGAAAAUAAAAAUAACGAACAGAAAAAAGAACUGUCGUCUUUAUUCAAACAAACAAGUAAGUGUAUACGAAAAGACUUUAACCUACACAAGAAAAAGACCAUAGAGGUCAACUUAAUCCAAUACAGAAGCGCUAAACGAGCUUUUAAACAACUACACACGCACUCCGACUGGAUUCAGACCCUCAAUCGAGGACGGAACCAAGCUAUGACGAGAAAGGAUGUACUAUCAUGCGCUACGGAAUUCUACAGAGACCUCUACGCUACCAUAAUCUACGACGCGAGAACAGAAACGGAGACCACUGAAACAAACACAAACGAGGCUAUCAGAAUACAGGAAGAAGAAGUCCUGAAACACAUUAAAAAACUAAAGCACGAAAAAAGCCCUGGGCCGGAUGGCUUAAGAAAUGAGAGUCUCAAAAUCGGAGCACCAUUACUCACUAAACCACUGACGUGCAUAUUUAACAUGGUCCUAAGCACAGGGCAAGCUCCUAAACAAUGGUACAGCUCGGACAUCAUACUAUUAUAUAAAAAAGGAAAUCCUUUAGACAUAGCCAAUUACCGCCCUAUAAGUCUGCUGUCUACUGUGUACAAGCUAUUCACCUCUAUCAUACAAGACAAAAUCAAUCCUCAAAUAGACAGCAUGCAACCAGUAGAACAAGCAGGAUUUCGUUCCGGAUUUUCGACCAUGGACCACAUCCAUACUAUGGAACAAGUUAUGGAGAAAUAUAGUGUAUCUACAUACAAGCCAUAA